CCUACUUUCCAGCAACGACGGUAUCCUUCCCAUCAGGUCACAACAGAGCCUCGCACCACGAUGGAUUCCAGAUCAACCUAUUCACUCAGCGUGCUCGCUCCUCUAUACGAUGCAGGUUCUGAACCUCGCACAGAACUGCAGAGCAAGCUGAAAGAUUUUGUACUCGCAUUCCAAAUUGAUGGGUCUUACAUCUACCGAGACCAACUGCGGGAAAACGUGCUGGUGAAGCAAUAUUUCUGCGACAUCGACCUAGCACAUCUGAUUUCCUACGAUGAGGAGCUCGCACACAAAUUGACGACCGAUCCUUCCGAUGUGAUCCCCCUCUUCGAAGCCGCUCUCAAGCAAUGCACACAAAGAAUCGUCUAUCCACAAUCCCCCAGCAUCGAUCUUCCACAACACCAACUCCUCUUGAAUUCGUCCGUUUCGCACAUCUCGAUUCGAGACCUCAAUGCCACCAAUGUAUCGCAUCUGGUACGCAUUCCCGGUAUCGUCAUUGGCGCAUCCACCAUGUCUUCGAAAGCCACUCUUUUGAACAUGCGCUGUCGAAAUUGCGGUCAUACCAAAAACCUCGUUGUCGAAGGUGGAUUCUCAGGGAUCAGUCUUCCGCGACAAUGCGGCCACACCAAGGAACCUGGGCAAGAGGCCGGCGAUUCAUGUCCUCUCGACCCCUAUUUUGUCGUGCACGAAAAAUCUCAGUUCAUCGAUCAGCAAAUCCUCAAACUCCAAGAAGCCCCCGAUCAGGUCCCCGUGGGCGAAUUGCCCCGUCACAUCCUCAUCUCCGCCGACCGAUAUCUGACCAAUCGAGUCGUGCCUGGUUCUCGUUGUACCGUUAUGGGCGUUUUCUCCAUCUACCAACAAAACAAAGGGGCCAAGAAAGAUUCGGCGGUCGCCAUCCGGAAUCCAUACCUCCGCGCGGUUGGUAUCACUACGGACGUGGAUCACAACAAUCUCGCUGCGACGAGCUUCUCGGAAGAGGAGAUUCAAGAGUUUGAAGAAAUGUCUCGAUUGCCAGAUCUCUACGAUCGAUUCGCUCGAUGCAUUGCUCCGUCAAUUUACGGAAAUUUAGAUAUCAAGAAAGCGAUCGCUUGUCUGUUGAUGGGCGGGUCGAAGAAAGUGCUACCAGAUGGGAUGAAACUGAGAGGAGACAUCAACGUCCUUCUUCUUGGAGACCCGGGUACGGCCAAAUCACAGCUCUUGAAGUUUGUGGAGAAAGUAUCACCAAUUGCCAUCUAUACGUCUGGAAAGGGCUCCAGUGCUGCUGGUCUGACAGCAUCAGUACAAAGAGACACUCAAUCUCGCGAGUUCUACCUUGAAGGCGGAGCAAUGGUUUUGGCAGAUGGAGGGGUGGUCUGCAUUGAUGAGUUCGACAAGAUGAGGGAUGAAGAUCGAGUGGCCAUCCACGAAGCCAUGGAACAGCAGACAAUAUCCAUCGCAAAGGCUGGCAUUACAACCAUCCUCAAUGCACGCACAUCGGUUCUUGCAGCAGCAAAUCCCAUCUUUGGCAGAUACGAUGAUCUCAAGUCUCCAGGGGAGAAUAUCGAUUUUCAGACGACGAUUCUGUCCAGAUUCGACAUGAUAUUCAUCGUGCGUGAUGAUCACGAUCGCAAUCGAGACGAACGCAUUGCCAAGCACGUCAUGAGCAUUCAAAUGGGUGGUCAGGGAGUUGAAGAGCAGGCCGAGUCGGAGUUUGGUGUGGAGAAGAUGAAGCGAUAUAUCCGAUUCUGCAAAUCACGCUGCGCCCCUCGAUUGUCAUACGCAGCCACAGAAAAACUUUCGUCACAUUUCGUCUCGAUUCGAAAUCGAGUCGCGCAAGCUGAACGCAAUUCCAACGUCCGAUCGUCCAUCCCUAUCACGGUUCGUCAACUCGAAGCCAUCAUCCGCAUCACCGAGUCGCUCGCCAAGUUGACACUGUCAGCUACGGCGGAGGAACACCAUGUCGAUGAAGCAAUUCGUCUUUUCCUCGCCUCCACCAUGGACGCCGUCACUCAAGGUGAAGGCGCUGGAGGUAUGGGCGGGAACCGUGAGUUGAUGGACGAAGUUAGCAAAGUCGAAGAAGAAUUGAGGAGGAGGUUGCCGAUUGGUUGGAGCACCAGUCUAGGAACUUUGAGACGCGAAUUUGUGCAAGGAAGGGGAUACAGCGAGGCGGCUUUGGCGAGAGCACUGCACGUGCUCCAGAGGAGGGAGACAGUGAGGUUGCGGAACGGUGGCAGUCAGGUCUAUCGAUCCGGAGUAUGAUUGCUGUUGCUUGGUAAUGACAGCAUGAAUGUAUGUCCUAUUGAUGCUCGGUCUAUCCACCAGUUGAAUCAGAGGGUCUUGUUAUGGUUAAAGCCCGGGUUUGUUUCUUUUAAUGGGGGUGUUUGAAGGAUAGAUGCUACUCGCAUAUGAAUGGCCGCAAUGAUUUCUAUCUGAGUCCAGAUGCCAGAAACAGAGUGUG